CUAGGCCUGUGUAUGGCCUUCAAUUGAAGCGCUUUCUUCUGCUCCGCCACUCUGCCAUUGGACUCUUGAUAGUCGUCUCCCCACGCUGCUGGCUGGGGGGACUUUUUAAAUCAUAGGCCUCUGUAUGGCCUUCAAUUUUAGCUGCUUACGCUCCGCCACUCUGCCAUGGGCCCCUGUACCGCCUCCUCAUGCUGCUGCCAGGCCCGUAAUCUGUCAUGGGCCCCCUGUACCGCCUCCUCAUGCUGCUGCCAGGUCCAGAGUGUCUCAUGGGUCCCUGUACGGCCUCCCAUUGCUGCUGUCUCCAUCGCCACACUCUGCCAUGUGCCACUUUCAGGUAUCCUCACACUGCUGGGGUGCUGUAUGGCCUCCCAUUGCUGCU